UUUGCUCUAACACAACAAGAUAGCUGAUCAGCAAUCUCUGCUGUGCAAAAAUUUACAUUUAUAAACACAAAUCCUGGAGCCGGGCUGAGAAGAUUCAGUUGGAGGGUUUCAACCUACAUUCGCUCACCUAUCUUCAAGAGAAGCCAUGGUACUGGGCUGCAUUGUAGCUGUGCUCAAUUUGUUGCCUCUCCUCCGUGCUAACCCCCUGCAUUGUGAUUUCCAAGUUCCACAAAUCCCAGACAACACUACAGGCUCCAAGCUGUUGGGGAAAUGGUUCUACGUAGCUGGGGCCUCACAGUUCCCCCUUCAUUGGCUGGAGAUGACACUGAUUGAUAAUGGUUACCUCCAGGUGGACCCAAAUGAGCAGGGGCAGGAGUUACUCAUCAACCAGCACGUCUCAGCGAUGGAUGAAUGUCUCACAAACAAUUCAACUUAUUUUGAAGUCACUGUUGAUAAUGCAAUACUAAUCAAGAAUGUCCAGAACCGACACACCAUGGGGAAGCUUAUGAACAGCAGUUCUGAAGACAUCUUACUAAUUCAAUUUGAAAUGCAAAAGGAGAAGAACUACACAGGAUUGUAUCUAUACGUCCGGAAUCAACCCCCAAGUAAAGUUCACUUGAAUGAACUCAGGGACCAUGCUGAAUGUCUGGGCCUCAGUGAAGAGAAAAUAGUUUAUGCACCGUGGAAGAAGGUAAUGUUUUCUUUGGGGAUUCGUAAGAGUCAUUGCCCUGUUUGCAGUGUCCUGAGACAUCAGGACACCCUGCAGCUGGGAGAAAAUAAAAGGCUACAAAGCAUUUUACUUAAAAUGAGUCAAUAGCUGUACAUCACCAAAGGGUAUAGUCUUAGGGAAAUUUUCAAAAGCAAAAGUGACUUAGGAAUCUAAAGUCCCAUUUUAGAGGGUGACUUGGCAUUUACGUCCCAGAGUGCUUGGGGUACUUUUGAAAACAAGACUUCUGUGUUUUUAAAAGACAUUGUACCCAGCAAACAAAUCUCCAUGUGACAAGUGCAACAACUAGCGCACUAAAAGCAAUCACACAAUCAAACCCUUUCUUACGGCCUGGAAUAGGAAUCAAAUAAAGAAAAAGAAAUCUAACCAUAUUCCCCCCCAGGCCAUUAACUCUAUCUUGCAUUUCUAUAGUAUUAUUCAUAUCAGAGUAAUUUAUAAGUCACACAUUGUAGGAAAACAUCUCUUAAUAUUCAAAUGCAACCUUCUCUGAGGUGGAACAUGCCACCAGUUGUACAAUUCACAACUACCCGGAUGGUUUAGGAUUGGAAGUUAAGAAUGACAUAUUUACCUGAAACUACAAGAGGUAUUUCAAGUAGGAAGUACUUGAAUUUAGCCAUAAUCAACUCAUUUCACCUUGAUGUCAUAGAAAGUGUCAGCUGAAAGGAAGCACACAUCAGCCACUUCUCCAACCCCAUUCCAAAGUAUUUAUUUAGUUCAAAAGAAAAAGUGCUACCUACCAAAAGACCAACCGUGGUUCUUAUAGAAGUGGAAUUUUCCCUUAAAAGUCUCUUGUCCAAGAAGUAACCGGGCCCAUGAAACUUUUGAUAGGAACUCGGGCAGAGUCACACCAUCUUGCAUAUCAGCAGCUGGUUCAAGGACUUGUGUCCAAAACUGAUAAUACCAGUAGGAUCCUUUUCCAGAAAAACUGGUGAUGGAGAAGUAAGUCUUUCCAUAUGUUGUCAUGUGUCUCCUUCUCCUAAGUGUGAUCUGCUUGGUCUCUUCACAGAUGUCUGCAUUAGUAAGGAGGGGAAAAAAACCAUCCCCAGGUAAAUCAAGCAAUUCACAUCUUAGAGACAGCAUGGUCCCAGAGAAAAAUUCAGUAUUUUCAUCCAAGAGAAGCAGAGGAUUUCCUCCUGGGGAAUUUCCCCCUGUUUAAUAUGAAAGUGUGGGGACACCAAAGGAGAAGUGCUAGAAUUAGAACUCUGAAAUGACUGCUGCCACUAUCCCAAGGAGUCGGGAGAACAGACCUCCUCAGACUUGCAUUUGCUCUCUUUCCACUUUGAGCAGCAAGUCCUUUCUCUAGUCAAUUUGGAAUCACCUGUGGGAGCAGCUACUUGUUUCUAUUGAGGUAAUGGCAGGUUGCUGUGAAGCUAAAGAUACAAUCCUGUAUUUGUUAGGUUUAAAUUCUGGUAAAAUCAAACUCCUAGAAAAACAGAGACAGUAGGAAUGGUUCAGGUCCAUCUUCCUCUGAAUCUUUUGACAAGUAAGCUUCCUCUGCAGCGAAUGAGGCACAGAUUAUUGCAUCCCCUUAAAAAUGACAUGAGAAGUAGAAUGACCUUCUCUGAUAUUUUCAGUCAUUUCAGGAUUAGUAAUAACAGUUCAAUUCAAUAUAUUUAAAUUGCUUUGAGGCCUUCUUUAAGAGUACAGCC